CUGGCCAGGCCGGCCUCCUCUGACUCUCUAGUAGUUUCCGUGCAGCUGACGCAUGCCUGCGCGCACAGCUGGGCCGGGAGCGUCCUACGCAGCAGCCGCGAGCCCGGCAGCGGGUGCCAGACGGUUCCCCGCGGGGUGCAGGGGCGGGGCGCCGCAGGGGCCGGAGGACUCCGGGCGGAGGAGCCCACGGAGGCCCGCCUGACUGCUGACAAGUUGCCAUGGCAUCCUACUAUGAGAUCCUCGACGUGCCGCCAAGUGCCUCCGCAGAUGACAUCAAGAAGGCGUAUCGACGGAAGGCUCUAAAGUGGCACCCAGACAAGAACCCGGAUAAUAAAGAGUUUGCUGAGAAGAAGUUCAAGGAAGUGGCGGAGGCAUAUGAAGUGCUGUCAGACCAGCAUAAGCGAGAGAUCUAUGACCGCUAUGGCCGGGAAGGGCUGACUGGAGCAGGAACUGGCCCAUCUCAGGCAGAACCUGGCAGUGGUGGGCCUGGCUUCACCUUCACCUUCCGCAGCCCCGAGGAGGUCUUCCGGGAGUUCUUCGGGACUGGAGACCCUUUUGCGGAGCUCUUCGAAGAACUGGGCCCCUUCUCAGAGCUUCAGAACCGGGGUUCCCGACCCACAGGUCCCUUCUUUGCCUUCUCGACCUCCUUCCCUGGACACGCUGGUAAGUGUUGUCCCUUCCCAUUUUCACAAGCUCCACGUCCUGGAACCCCUUGCCUCAGCUCCUGGCUUUUCCAAGGCUCUCUGGUGCAUCCGGAGCCCUGCCUGUGGGGAGAGCACACGGGUUCCUGGCCCAUUGUGACUGCAGUCUGCUGCAGACAACCCCGGUCUAACCACCUCUCCUCCUCCUCCUCCUCCUCCUCUGUCCCAAUGCCAGAUAUCUCCUCCUCGUCUUUCUCCUUCAGUCCUGGGGCUGGUGCUUUUCGCUCUGUUUCUACAUCCACCGCCUUUGUCCAAGGACACCGCAUCACGACACGCAGAAUCAUGGAGAACGGGCAGGAGCGGGUGGAAGUGGAGGAGGACGGGCAGCUGAAGUCAGUCUCAAUCAAUGGUAUCCCAGAUGACCUGGCACUGGGCUUGGAGCUGAGCCGUCGGGAACAGCAACAGGCUGUCACCUCCAGAUCUGGGGGCGCUCAGGUGCAGCGGAGCCCUGCCUCACGCCCUUUUGACAGCAGUCUCUUGGAGGAGGAUGAGGACAUGCAGCUUGCCAUGGCCUACAGCCUGUCAGAGAUGGAGGCAGCUGGGAAGAAACCGGCAGGUGGGCGGGACGCACAGCGAAGACGGCAGGGGCAGCCCAAGGCCCAGUACCACGAUCCGGGCAUGGGGGGGACUCAUGAGAGUGCAAGGGAUGACACAGCCAAACCUGGCUCACCCCUGGAGGAUAAGGCCUCUCGGUGCCUCAUCCUCUGAUCACCAGGCUCACCCCCCCCCCAAUUCUGGGUGACCUGGGUUCUGCUCACUGUCAGAACAGGAGGGUGUGGCCCCUCCAACUCCUUGCUCCCCCUACAGUUUCCCUCCAGGUCCCCUGCACUCCAGUGUGGACUCAGGCCUUGCUCUGCUGGGCUGAUAGGUCCCUGGUGAAGCCCAGGCUGGGGGCAUCAGGGCUGUGGGAGGACCUGAGGAGCCAGGAUGCACUUCUUAUAUGAUGGGGCUUGUCUAAGGGGCAUUAGUGGUUUGGGGCAGGCCUUUUGUGCGCAGAUCUUCUGCAACCUGUGUUGCUGAUGAUGUCAAGGAAGGAGGACUUGGCCUGGGGUUCUCUGAGCCCGAGUCGCCAGCUCCACUGAGGAGUCUUCAGCUCUCCCUGUCCAGCUGCGGGCGCCCUGCCCUGGUUUCUGUGCUGUGUUGAGCUCUGACUGUCUCUGUUGCUUCCCUUCUGGUGCUGCUGCUCUUCCUUACUCUGCAAUUCCCCGUGGGCCGCAUCGCUUGCUUUCUCAGCCAUCUGGCUAGGACUCCCUUCUUCCUUCCCCAAGAAGGCCUCUGUGUGUCGAGGAAGAUGCUGUGGCCGGUAGGGCCAUUAAGGUCUUCCGGGGAGGCUAGCUGGGUGGGGUGGGAGCUUCUGGGUCAUCCAGAUUUGGAACUGGAGCCCACUCCUCCUCCCUUCCUCUUGCUGCCUCAGCCUGCCCUAUGCCUUGGGACUAGGCAGAGGUGAGGCCGGCUAACCCGGGAACAGUGGGAUAGGGCCUACGAGGGGACCGUGCCCCAUCCUACUUCACCAUGCAUCAGGGCUCAGGGAGAGGCCACAGGGCUAGCCCAGGUCUGCAUGCUCUGUGGCACCAUCCUCCAUGGCUUGCUGCUGACCCUCUCUCCUGUCACCCACCCCCACUCUCU